UGAUGAAUGGGACUCCACUGGUGCAUUUCACUGCAGGAAGUUUUGUCUGACUACGUGCCUUUCAUCUCGUAUCACUUCUCAUUCAGCCCACAUCAGCUUUGUUUAUAGGACUCUGUGCGAAGAGGCGACAAUAAUUUCUUGACAAACGCAGGUAUUUGAGAAAUUUGAAAAAUGGGUGGAUUUUUCCGGAUGCUGGGAAAGAGAAAGGAGCUGAUCCCGCUGGUAGGGUUUAUGACUUUAGCUGCAACAGGAGCCACCUCUGCUUCACUGUACUUUCUGUGUACUAAACCUGAUGUUAUUGUGAAUAAGACCUCCAACCCAGAACCAUGGGAGAGACUGGACCCAUCAAAACCCCAAAAGUUCAUCACCAUUAAUCAGGAGUGGAAACCAGUGGAGGAGCUGGAGCUGGUGAAGAAGCUCACCAAGUAAAAAAAAAAGGUGGGCAUCUGCUAGAAAGAAACGCGGUGACUAUCCGCUUGCCCCCCAUCUGUCUAGCAGAAUCCUUUCUGCACAAACUAGGAUACUUUGACAGUCAGUGUGCGGAAAUGCUUCUGCUCCACUGGUGGGGUUUCACCCAGCCCAAGGACAUCCUUCCACAACAAUACUAUGUUAACAGACAUGCUACUCAUACUGCCAUAAAGUCUAAGUUAAACUUAACUCUAGCUGUCCGUGAUAACACCUAGAGAUCCACAGUAUAUUAAUUUUGAAUAUAGUGUGUUUAGUCAUAGUAGGUGUUGGUCAUAGAAACCCAGAAGCUAGUACAGUAGAUGUGAAUGUACAAAAGUGUCUGAAUGUGAAGAGACAAAAUGUGAACUUGGUAAAUUAUGUGAUGUACAUUAUUGGGAAUAUGUUCAACAUUCUUCACCAGUGUUGUCUUUGUUCUGAAAGGUUUAAAAGAGUAUAACCAUACAUGUGUAGGAAUAUUCAUAUUCACAUCUUUAGACUGAUAGUCUGGUCUGUACUAAAGAUACUAUCAUACUCUGUAUUUUUGUAAUUGCUUGCAUAUACCACGAAAAGACCAAAACCAAUAAUGAAUUGAUUCUACCAGCAAAUAUUGUCAUAUGACUCAAUGCUGUCUGCCACAGAUGUCUGCUGAGAGCAAACAAUUUUAUUUCUCAUAGUAGUAAAAGUACAGGUAUUGCUCAUAACAAUAAUGAUGGUUCUGUUGUAUUUAAGUGUACCAGGAUCCUAGAACUGAAGCAUCUGUAAAUUGAGCCAUCAUCAAUUUUUUUAUCUGCACCUGUGCUUUUCUUACUGUAACAUGUCUCUGUGGGAAAAGCAUACCAUUGUUCCCAAACACAUUCUGUGAUAUAUUCCCCAUUCACUUCCUCAUUUGUUCCUCUUGAUUCUUUACUCCCUUUAUAAUGGAAACAACAGUGAGCAGUAACAUUAGAUUUGGGACCAUUAUUAAUCAUCAUUGUUCAUCAUUAAUGAGAGUGCUUGAGCCAUUUAAAAGCAAUUUUCUUAUCUAUAAUGCAGAGCAUUGCACUGUGAGAUUGCCGGCACAAAGUAAUGUACAUACUACAGACACAUGUUUCAGUCCAUUGUUAGAGCCCCAGUUUCACACACUCAAAUAAAAUGGUGGACCGCAAAUGUAGCACACUAAACGGAGUGAUUUUGGAUACAGCAAGUUUACUUUAGCCGAUCCCACAUGCACUGUGUGUGCUGUAAAAACAGUUUGCUGGGACCAAACUGACCCCUCGCCGCCUUCUCCGCCCACCUCCUGUUUUCUCACCCCCAGAUCCCCCUCAGUGCCCAUCUCCACCUGAGCCUCUGGCUUUAAGUCCUCAGCCAACUUCAACACGUCUCAGCCACGGUGCCGUCCAGCUCCUCCUACCCCCACUUCACAACAGCAGUGAAAUCACCCUCUAUCUCAUAAAACCACAACACAUCCUGUCAGCACAAGAGACUGUGUACAAAUUACAGCUAUCUCUUACUGCUAUCUGUCAGGUCCAGGUUAAAAAGAUGAUGGCACUCAUGAAUGCUCCCAGGACAAACCAGGACCUAACAAACAAUAGAUUUCCAUAUCCCUGUGAUAAUAACUAACAGAAGGAGAAUGGUGCACUGAACUCAGUCAUAUAAUAAUAAAAAAAAAUUGUUAAUAAUUCCUUGCCAUGCUCAGCCUGCUCAGGGC